AUGCACAGGAUUUGUAGUGAAUCGUACAAAUUCAUUCGAAUGGCUGAUGAUCUCCACGAUGUAGCGACUUAUCUAGCUGAUAUGCGACUAUGCUUCAUUUUGGUAACGGCUACAGGAUACCUACUUUUGUUCGGCUACCUAGUCAUGCUCUGCAUACGACGUAAUAGGCGGUCACAACCACGACGUCGGAAUUGGGACUAUCAACUAGAAAAUCAGCGUGAAUGCAAUACUUCUGGGGUGCAAAACACCGAAGAUUUGGUUGGUGUACGAAGUGAUGGAAACAUAGGGCAUAUAGGAAGGAAUCAUCACGGACGAGCGCACAACAACCCAGUGCCAUCCUUCAUGAGACAUGGCCACAUAAAUCAUCAGCAAACUACUCGACUGAUGGCUGAUCAGGAUGGUUCGGUUGUAAAGCAUCAGAUUCCACACAUCACAACGGAACCACCAGUUGAAGAAACUAAGGCUAAAGUUCCUCAACUGGUCAAAGACUCGAUCGAGUCGUGA